AAAGUCUGAUAAGGAAAAUUGAGAGGAUGACGUCAGAGGAGAGUCGAAAUUGAUUCUUCGUCGUUCGAUUCGGUGAUAUCGAGAAUAACAUAAGUUUUCGUAUUCACCUUUCUCAUCGUCAUUUAAUUUUUCUCAUUCGAUUUCGUUCGGAUGUCGAAACGUCGCAAGAAACCUCAAAGAUGACGGUAGUGCCACUGGUGACAUCGCAGACGUGCACGCGGUCGUCAGUAAGCACGAGCUGCUGCUGCUGCUGCUGCUGCUGCUGUUGCUGCACGAGUCGCCUGUCGUUAAAUAUUCCUCUUUUAUAUUCUUCCAAUCACAUUCGAGACCGUGUUAAUCGUCUCAUUAUCUUUCUCUUUGAUCGAUCGAAGAUCAUUCGAACAUUAUCGAGGAUUUCGAGGUCUCAUUUAGUUGAUAGAAUUGACGUCUUCUUUGUUCCAUUUAAUCGACGUCACAAGGCUGAAAUGAUUCCCGCGAAAAGGUUUAUGCUCAGAGUCUCUAUGGUACCGUGGUCUUGGAUGGAGAUUCCUGGCUCGUUUAUUGGUUAGAUCGAGCAUUACGGCAUGGUUUGCGCGUAGAAAGACACGGAUAUUGGGGUACGGCCAGAGAACUAAGUCAUCAGGAUACCGUCGUAGUUAUUCAUGCGCUCCAAAGUGUACUAACUUCCAUAGGGAAAGGAUGUGACAUACUUGGACAUCUGCAAUUAUAUGCCGCAAAGGCCUAUGAGCAUAAACUCUUCUGGGACCGUAUUAUCUUUACAUCUGAGGUCUUCUAGCGUAUGCUCGAGCUUAGCUUCUCCCGGCGAUAGCGGCGUUGCAUUUGACAGUGAUAUGGAUCUCGCGAAUGAAACCGACGCUAGCAGUUACAAAGAAGAGGACUCUUCGAUGGAUGAUAUUCCAGAUUAUCGAAAUAAUAGAUACAAAGUUAUUAUCAACAAUUGCAUACAAGAGAACAAAAAUUUUAGCUCAAGCGAUUCCAGCGAGGAUGGAAAAACACCGAUGCAAUCUCCUGCGGUUACAAAAUUUCAAAAUGUGAUUAUGACAAAGAGUGACAUCGCGAAUCAAAAUUUAACCAGAAAGCUCGAAGAUAAUGAACUGAAUUGUUCAAGUUUGGAUACUUUAAAGGGUUAUGAUUAUUACAGCAGAAGCCUUGAUACCGUUCACUUGGACGCGGUGAACAAUAAAUGUGACAAUGGAAUAAAAGAUAUAAAUAAAAGGAGCAGCUAUUACGGGGACGGCAGCUAUAGUUUCAAGAAGAACAUAGAUCCUCGUAAUUCCUACGUGAUUAAUAACGAUACAAAUCUCUUGGAAUUGAGUAUGACCAUUUCCGAUUGCGACAAUAUAGAGCCUCCUUAUGGUAUUCUGAAUACCCUCAAUAUGACAGAUGCGAGCAUUUUGUCAACAUCCAGCUCUGAAGCCAUAGUACAACGUAGACAACGUAAGAAAAAGCGUGAAAGCAAAAAACGCGUUAGUUUUCACGAAGAUAUUCUAAAAACAAUGAAAUUAGAUGACGAUAGCUAUGCGGAUUUCUCUAUGAGCUUUCUAACGCCUAACUCGAUUCAAAAAAAGGACGCUCAGAAGGGACGUUACAGUUGGUGCGGACACGGAGAUUCUCCUUACGUUCAAAAGAGUACCAAUACAAGAAACGCGCAUUCCGAUUAUUAUUCCUUCUCUUCGUCGUCGAGCGUAUUCGACAGUGAUAUUGAAAAGAAAGGAACACAAAAGUUAUGUAGCCAGACAUUGUGUCAGAAAAAUUGCAAAUGUUCUUGCGAUCUAUCUUUACCAGAACGUGGUUCGCCAGAGGGCCAAGAAGAUCCGGCUAAAAGUUUAAGACCAAAGAUGGAGAUAGAAUUGGAAGAGAACGAGGCACAAGAGGCAUACAUCGUUGAAAAGCAGUACGGAAAUAUUGUCGAGGAUCCACCGGCAAAAAUAGAAAUGCCGAGGCCACAGAAUUCGAAGAAAUAUGCCAGUUCUAGCGAUUGGUCCGACGUAGAGAGCGUCACAACUUCCGAUUUAGAAGAACGUAAGAUGAUUAAUAGGCAUUUGGCUUCGCCUUCUAAAAAACGUAACAUGACCUCGAUAUUGACGGGUGAAAGCAGUAGUAAAUUAUUAGCACCUCCUUUACGACAAGCACCAUCGAAAACGUCAUUGUUGAGUAGAUUUUUGAGAUCUAUUACGGAGAGAAAAUUUGAAAGUAAAAAAACGAAGAAACCACAGAAGUCUAAUCCGUUGUACAUCAAAGGAAUUAAAGCAAAUUACGAUUCGUUUAAGGAUUUCAAUGAUAAUCUUGACAGAGAGAUACAAGAAAAUGUUGCUGCAGAAAAGCAAGAGUUUAGCGGAGAGAAAAUCAGCUUAAAAUUGCGAGAGACCUUUAAAAAACAUAUUUACAGAGACAAAACGGAGGAAUUGUAUAAAGUUUAUAAAGUUAGAAGUUCGUACAUGACAAACGGAGAGAGCAAGCCGAUGAUCGCUUUAUUAACCGACAAAACGUUAUAUUUAACCGGCUCGAAGUUGGAUCAUUCUUACAGUAAUCAAUUUGUAAUACCUUACAACGAGCUAGACGUUAUAAUGAUUGGACCAAAUGCACAAACGAUUCUUAUCUCUAAUGCCGAUUAUGAGAUGCAGUAUCUAUUUUCUACUGGCAGUUCGCACACCACCUCUGAAUUAAUUACACACUUGGAAAUAGCCAUGAGAAGAUCACCGUCGAAACCCCGAUUGCCGGCUGUUAAAGAAUUAAGUUAUGAAGACAUGCAUAUUUUGAAACAAUCGAUAUUGUCCGAUACCGCUGUACAUCCUGAUGAAAAAAUUGAACAUUACAGCCUUAUUUACAUGGAGGAUGAGCACAUGUCUCCCCCAAGUACACCUUGUGGCCCAACCAAAGAAGGCGAUCUUAUGUUUAGACCACACACUUAUCAGCAUAUACAUCCUAAUGCACCAAUAAAUCCUUGGGAAGCUGGAUAUUUUGUUCUUAAAGGUGGUGUAGUUUACAUGUUUACAGAUUUGAAUCAACGACUUCCUAAACGUGCCAUCCCGCUGAAGGGUGGCCUUUGUCAAGGUUGCAGAAGAAUUCCCAAUUCGCAUCGACCUCAUACGUUCGAAAUACUUUUGAAACCGAAUAAAGCAUUUCAAUUUGCUGCUCCCGACGAAUAUGUUGCUUCCGAAUGGUUGCAAAGUUUCGUCCAAAGUGCGUCUGGUUUGUUUGAUUGUUCUGAUAAGAGAGAGCCUAUGCCCUGUAGUCUUGUAACGACUACAAGACAUCUAGUUGCUAUGAAAGAAGUAUAUCCAGGUAGUCAGCGCAAUCAAACGUUAUCAUGUGCUUCUGUGGAAGACUUAACAGCUUUCAGAGUACCCUUACCCGAACAGUCUUGGUGUAUAUUGGAAUUCGCAUGUCGGGAGGUUCAUGAGAAUAGCGGUGAUUGGGUGAUAUACUUUACCAAUUAUACCGAGCUCUGCACUUUUAGAGAGAUUUUACAAACAUUAUGGGCAGAUGCGGAUUUGGGUGAAUUUCCUAUGGUUACGCUUCCUCCAGAAGAUAAACUUCAUCGACGCUGUUCGGAUGCUAGUAAAGAUUUAGAAUAUGCUUGGCAAUAUUUAUUACCGUCAAUGGUCGAAUAAACACUAAGAUCUAUGAAUACACCUUACUACACACGAUAGAAAUCCUUAAGAGAAAUAUUUUACUUUAAUCUCGUGAUAUAAAGGAAAGAUCGACAAAUUGCAUAUUGAUAACCUACAAGGUAAUGUUGAAGGAACGUAAGAUAUAAUGAAUUUUACGUUCAACGAUAUGAUAGAUUAUACAUUUAAAAUGGUGCGUUAUUCUAUUCCUGUGAAGUAAUAGCAUACAGCAACUUAAAUUUCAAUGUAUGUCUUAUAUUUUAGUUUUAUUAAUUAAGCAGAAAAUUUGUCUAAUGAAUUGAAUUGUUAGGUUGCCUGAUUUGAAUAGAUUAGUAAUUCUAAAUGAUGUUAAUCGUGCUAUGCACAAAACGGUGCAAUAUAUCGUCUCUAGUAUAAAAUUUUGUGAUUAUUUGCUAGUAAUUUAUAUUGACAAAUGAAUUGUAAUAUAAUGGCAAUUGUGAAGGGUUGUGUUGUAUCACAUUGUAUGAAUGUCUAUGUACUCACAUUUAUCCGAAAUGAUGAAUAGGAUAAUAUGCAUUACACUACAAUUAUCUUUGAGACAAUGUUCAUUGAAAGAAAAUCGUAAGCUUAGAUUAACUUCGCAAAAUAAUCUAAAAAUAGUACCCUGUAUACUGCUUAUACAAUGAGUAUACAAUAAGUAUGAUUAACAUUCCUAGUGCAGGUACAGGUAAAAGAGCUUUCUAAUUUUAUUCUUACAAUCGUACCUUCUGAUUUAGAUACGCUAUUGUACAAUAUCUUAACUUUUCAUUAGAUUAUGAUUUUUCACGAAGAUUUGUCCUCGAAACAUUGAAAGUGUAAAGUUACACGUAUGAUCUCAAACAUAUUAUGUUUACGCUAUUGGAUUAGAUGGUUUAAGAGACUUCACGAGUCAUUAUACAAUUUGUAAUGUUAAAAUCUUGUGAGGUACCGUGGCAAGACAAAUAAUAAAACAGUUGUAUAUUAUUAAAAUUACAUACAUACGAUUUUUGUUCGAUCUAACGAAAUAAUAAUUAUAUUAUAGAGUAAAUCUAUUCCUAAAAUUAUAAACGACUAUAUUACGAUUAACAACUCACUAAAAAGCACAUGUACCUUCGUCGAAUUCGUUCGAAGUAAGUUGUGUUGGCAGCUUUCAUUUGUGAUUUAAAAUAAUUAAUAGCUCUAUAAUUUCAUAAUUUUAUAAGUUCAUCUAUUGAAUUUAUUAUUGACGCAUUAUAAUUAAAAUUCUUACUUCAUCGAUAGAUUUAAUAAUAUAAUUUGAUUUAUAUGACAUAUAAAUCAUAGUAGUAUUAAUUUAUACAUUGUAUUCCAUUUCUUCUUGUAGAUUACUUUUAAUUUAUGUGGAAAGCAUAUAAUGAUAGAUUUUUUACAUAUUACAAUUAGCAUCUAAUAUAAAUAUCAAGUCUGUAUACUUUCCACAUAAAUUUUUAUUCGAUAGAAAUACUAUGACAGUUAAAAAUUAAUAAAACUUAUUCCAAACUAGUCAAAUAAACAAGCUUGUUACAUUCUACAAUCAUUGGUAAGAAUAAUUUUUCAUCGACGUUAAAGUUUCGCUCGGAACAUAUGCGACAACAUAUGUGACACCAGCGACAAAUGUGGACAAAACAUGAACUAAUACAACGAAGUCCAUGUUAGGACUUUUAAUCGCGCUCGGACACCCACGUGAAAAACGAUGAUUCUACAUUCGCGUUGCAAUCUACGUUAAUCUAAUCGAAUUUACGAUUAGCAAUAAAACUAAAAGUCCCCUACUGAGCCCGCCGACCAUUUUUUCCUUUCACUGACUAUAAUUCGCGAUAGUCAUUUAUCAACGGAGGACGAUCAUUGAAUUUACUUCGCGAAUUAUCUUUUAUAAAUAUACAAACUGUGCGACUAUUAAAAAAGCAAUAGAAAUUUUGCUUAUAAACAUCGACUCUAAUGCACGCUCUUGCAUUGCACGCAAUAGAUGCACGAUCAUUUGUCGUUUAAAUACCGAAACUCGAACGAACGAACAUUAUACCUCUAUUUCGUGAUAUGAACACUCGAUCAUAUCAUUGUUUCGCGCGCGAUAACUUUUUUGAAAAAGAACAAUAAAAACAAAAUUGUUACUUCGAUGUUUACUCGGCAGAGGACAAAGUAGAACUGAUCCUGUGUAAUCGUCAAAGUCAAUAAAAAGACCGAACAUAUUUAUAUAAUGCAACGUCAACUACCUCGAGAUUAAAAUUUUUUAAGUAUUGAAA